UCCCCGAAUCUCUCUCCCCUCCAUUGCCUCCCCCGACCACCCACGCAGAUCCAUCCACCAAUCCCAGCCAUGGCCGCGGCGGCAAUGAGGCAGCAGCAGGAGGCCAGCUGCAAGGCCACCGAGGACCGCCGCUCCGACUUCGACGCCGCCAAGCCGCCGCCUUUCCGCAUCGGCGACGUGCGCGCCGCCGUGCCCGCCCACUGCUGGCGCAAGAGCCCACUCCGCUCCCUCUCCUACGUCGCGCGCGACGUCGCCGUGGUGGCGGCGCUCGCCGCCGCCGCCUGGUGGGUCGACAGCACGGCCGUGUGGCCGCUCUACUGGGCCGUCCAGGGCACCAUGUUCUGGGCGCUCUUCGUCCUCGGCCACGACUGUGGUCACGGGAGCUUCUCCGACAGCGGCACGCUCAACAGCGUCGUCGGCCACCUGCUGCACACCUUCAUCCUCGUCCCAUACAAUGGCUGGAGGAUCAGCCACAGGACGCACCAUCAGAACCAUGGCCACAUCGAAAAGGACGAGUCAUGGCACCCGAUCACCGAGAGGCUGUACCAGAAACUGGAAGCGCGGACCAAGAAACUACGCUUCUCAGUACCAUUCCCGCUUCUGGCUUUCCCUGUCUACCUCUGGUACAGAAGCCCUGGCAAGACCGGCUCGCACUUCAACCCGAGCAGCGGUCUGUUUACUCCCAAGGAGAGGCUUGACGUGAUCAUCUCCACCACCUGCUGGUUCACGAUGAUCGGUCUGCUCAUCGGCAUGGCAUGCGUGUUCGGCCCGGUACCGGUUCUUAAGCUGUACGGGGUUCCAUAUGUUGUGUUUGUGAUGUGGCUUGAUUUGGUGACCUAUCUUCACCACCAUGGUCAUGAGGACCUUCCGUGGUACCGCGGCGAGGAAUGGAGCUACCUCCGUGGUGGUCUGACGACCGUGGACCGGGACUACGGGUGGAUCAACAACAUCCACCAUGACAUUGGCACCCAUGUCAUCCACCACCUCUUCCCCCAAAUACCUCACUACCACCUAGUAGAAGCGACCAAGGCGGCGAGCCCAGUAUUGGGUAGAUACUACCGGGUGCCUGAGAAGUCAGGUCCGCUGCCAGUUCAUCUUGCCAGCGUCCUCCUCAAGAGCUUAAGAGUUGAUCACUUCGUCAGUGACGUGGGAGAUGUCGUCUUCUACCAAACUGACCCCAGCUUGAGCGGCGACAACUGGACCGGAACUGACAAGCACAAGUGAUGAAAAGACUGAAACUGAAGUUACUACUGUUGAAGGAAGAAUGCCUGAUAGUGAUAUAUGAGAGAGAUAUCAUAGCCUGCUGAGAAUAAGUAGAAAUGGCUUCCUGCUGAAAUCAAAGCAUGGAGCUCUGCAACCAACAGGAAGCGUUGAUUGGUUCAUCACGAGAUUCAGAUCAUUGGUUAGGGUUAGCAUUCUCCAAUUGUGGUUGUAACUAGCAGAUGUUGUUUCAGUUUUUACAAGUUUUGCAUCUGGAACUAUGUAACAAAUUGAUUAAUCAUUAUCCAAAUUGAUAUUCUGGAA